AGAAGAAAGAUACACCUACGACCCUGCUCCAUCAUGCAUGAAGUUUCUUGCCUUCAGGUGGGGGCCUGGGGCUUGAACCUGAGUUUUUGUUCUUGGUAGCUUGGUAUGUUGUGCACACAACUAGGCACACCACCACCCGGGCCAAUAAUUUACUUGUUAAUGCCACUGUUUCUAUAAGUAGUCAUUGAAUUCCAGCAACUUCCCUCACUCAUCCUUAAAAAAAAAAUAAAAAUCUCUAUAUGAUUUAAAACAACUCUUAACAACUAGAAAUUAAGCAACAGAGGUCUUCAUGGAGAAACUUAGUAAAAGGGUAAAUAAAAAUGAAUUAGUACUAAUUCUCCUAGUGUCUAAUUCCAGCCCGAAACAGAUUAAAUCUGCGAUUGAGAGUGUGAACUAAUAUAUUGCCAAUCUGAUUCUUCCUUCUUGCUUUUGUUAACACUCAACAAAGAAAAGCCGUUAGCUCGAUGAGCUGGGGGAAUCGCUCACUGCUGAUGGAAUUUGUGUUCCUGGGCUAUCCCUCCCACCCAGACCUGCAAAUCCUGGCCUUCCUCGGAGUCAGCCUGGUUUAUACCUUGGUCAUCACGGGCAACAUCCUCAUUGUGGUGGCCAUCCAGACAGAAGUCAGGCUGCACACACCCAUGUACUACUUCCUGGGUUGCCUCUCCGGGGUAGAAGUAUGCUACACCGCCGUAGUGGUGCCCCACAUCCUGGCCAACAUCCUACAGACAGAGAAGACCAUCACCCUACUAGGCUGUGCCACCCAGAUGGCUUUUCUCAUUGGACUUGGAAGUGCCGAUUGCUUCCUCUUGGCUGUCAUGGCUUAUGACCGCUAUGUCGCUAUCUGCCAUCCCUUGCAGUACCCCCUCAUCAUGACUUCAGCUCUGUGUGUUCGCUUGGUUGUGGCCUCCGUGGUGGUUGGCUUGUUCCUGUCUGUACAACUGGUGGCUUUCAUCUUCUCCCUGCCCUUCUGUCGGGCUCGCGGCAUCCAGCACUACUUUUGUGACGCGCCACCGGUGAUGCGCCUUGUUUGUGCCGAAAGUCACAUCCAUGAGCACUCGGUUCUGGCGGCAGCCACCAUGGCCAUCGCUGUGCCUUUCAUCUUCAUUGCCACCUCCUAUGCCUUCAUUGUGAGCGCUGUGCUCAAGAUCCACUCGGCAGCUGGCCGCCACAGGGCCUUUUCCACCUGCUCCUCCCACCUCAUGGUGGUCCUGCUGCAGUAUGGCUGCUGUGCCUUCAUGUACCUGCGCCCCAACUCCAGCUACGACCCCAAGCACGAUAAGUUCAUCUCGCUGGUGUACACACUGGGAACCCCACUACUCAACCCACUUAUCUACACCCUGAGGAACAAUGAGAUGAAAGGGGCUAUAGGGAAAAUUCUUACCAGGAGUAGCCUUCUGCAUAAAACUUAG